GUUUGACAGAAGUUGAAGACCAGAACUGAAGAGAACAAAUUGUCCUUCAGGAACUGGGAGAAUGGGGCCCGAAGCGAAGGUCUUAGGCCUUCUUGGUCUUCAAAAUGUGGCCAAGCAGGAGACUUUGGUCAAGAUGGGUGUGCUAGCCCUCUGCUGCAUUCUGUCUUUCUCCCUGCGUCUGUUUGCAGUUCUCCGAUUUGAAAAUGUUAUUCACGAAUUUGAUCCCUACUUCAACUACAGAACCACUCGAUACUUAGCUGAGGAAGGAUUCUACAGCUUCCAUAACUGGUUUGACGACCGUGCAUGGUAUCCUCUGGGCAGAAUUAUUGGUGGAACUAUCUACCCUGGAUUGAUGGUGACUUCUGCUCUGGUGUACCACAUCCUGAAUUUUUUCCACAUCACCAUAGAAGUUAGAAAUGUGUGUGUCUAUUUGGCCCCACUUUUCUCAUCGUUCACCUCUCUGGUCACUUUCAACCUCACUAAGGAGCUGAAGGAUGUAUCAGCUGGUUUGAUGUCUGCUGCUUUCAUCGCUAUCGUGCCGGGUUAUAUCUCCCGUUCAGUUGCUGGUUCGUAUGAUAACGAAGGAAUUGCCAUUUUCUGUAUGCUGAACACAUACUGGCUGUGGAUCAAGUCUGUGAAGACAGGGUCUCUCUUCUGGUCUACCAUGUGUGCCCUGGCAUACUUCUACAUGGUGUCAUCCUGGGGAGGUUACGUUUUCUUGAUCAAUUUGAUUCCCAUCCACGUCCUGGCACUCAUGGUCACUGGCCGCUUCUCUCAUCGCAUCUACGUGGCUUAUUCGACGGUGUACAUCUUGGGCACUAUCUUGUCCAUGCAGAUUGCCUUUGUUGGCUUCCAACCAGUCCAGACAAGUGAACAUAUGGGUGCUCUGGGCGUUUUCGGCCUAUGCCAGAUCCACGCCUUUGUUGACUACAUCCGUAGCAAGCUCUCUUCACAGCAGUUUGGAACUCUGUUCCGUGCUCUUAUGGCUAUUGUCGGUGCACUGCUUUCUCUUGUUGUCAUCGUCCUGGCUAUCACUGGCAAGGUUGCGCCCUGGACCGGCCGUUUCUACUCUCUGUUGGAUCCCAGUUAUGCCAAGAACAACAUUCCGAUCAUUGCGUCUGUAUCUGAACAUCAGCCUACGGCAUGGUCAUCGUUCUAUUUCGACUUGCAUCUUCUCGCCUUCCUCUUCCCAGCAGGCUUGUACUUCUGCUUCAGUCAGCUAACCGACGCGAACAUCUUCAUCAUUCUCUAUGGCGUCACCAGUGUGUACUUUGCGGGUGUGAUGGUUCGUCUUAUGUUGGUUCUGGCUCCGGUGGCUUGCAUCCUGGCUGGCAUUGGCGUGUCUGCUAUCCUUACUACGUACAUGAAGAACUUGAGUGUCAUCUCCAAGCCCGACAAGAAGCAGAAGCGCUCUGAAGCUGCCUCCUACCCGGUGAAGAAUGAGAUUGCCACUGUUGUCGUCGUUCUCAUCUCCUUCUUGCUGUGCGUGUAUGCGUUCCAUUGCUGCUGGGUCACUGCCGAAGCCUACUCUUCUCCAUCCAUCGUUCUGGCUGCACGUCAGCAGGAUGGCUCCAGGCUUAUCUUCGACGACUUCCGUGAGGCAUAUUACUGGCUGCGACAGAACACCGCUGAAGAUGCUAAGGUGAUGUCAUGGUGGGAUUACGGAUACCAGAUCACGGCCAUGGCCAACAGAACCAUUCUAGUCGACAACAACACUUGGAACAACACCCACAUCUCUCGUGUCGGUCAAGCCAUGUCCUCGCCUGAAGACAAGGCCUAUGAAAUUAUGCGCGAGUUGGAUGUGGACUAUGUGCUGGUCAUCUUCGGUGGUCUGACCGGCUAUGCUUCUGAUGACAUCAACAAAUUCCUGUGGAUGGUGCGAAUUGGUGGCAGCACAGACCGUGGCUCGCAUAUCAAGGAGAUGGAUUACUACACUCCCACUGGAGAGUUCCGUGUCGACAAGGAGGGAUCCCCGACUCUCCUCAACUGUCUGAUGUACAAGCUCUGCUACUACCGCUUUGGACAGGUCUAUACUGAGCAGGGAAAGCCUACUGGCUAUGACCGUGUACGCAACGUCGAGAUUGGCAACAAGGACUUUGAGCUGGGUGUGUUGGAGGAAGCCUACACCACCGAGCACUGGAUUGUGCGUAUCUUCAAGGUCAAGAAGCCCGAAAACCGUGGAAACGAGUACUAGAGGAACGUCAUUGUCGCUCGUCACACUAAACAAAACUGAAAAAAAUGCUUCUUGUUGACGCAUUAUUUACUCUUUCUUUUUAUUUCAGUCAACAAUGCUUUUGAAUGUAUUGAUUUAAAAUUAGCUUCAACUUGUGCCUAACCAA